ACGCUUUCCCCGACACUUUCACAGUUUCUGUCUCUCUCUUGUCUCACUGAGUUUUAGUUUCCUUCUUCUUCGGAAACCUUCGCUCGUGUGAAAUUCCCCGCACGUGUUCAGGUUCGUCCUACAGGUUUUCUCUCCCCAAACUCGAUUCACUGAUUACAGUCAUUGAUUUACCAUUAAUUUUAGAGAUUUGUAUAUUCCAAUCGAACUUCAAUUUCAUCUUUCCCAAAACUAAAGGUUUUUCUAGGGUUUUGUUUUUUCUGGCUAUGCUAAUACCCACUUAGGAAAAACUAUUUCCACACUAUGCAAUUACUAUGUUAACAUUGUUCAAAUUCCUGGUUAGUAUUGUUUGAAUUGAAUUAGAAAGAACAAAAUUUAUAGGUGCAAAUCCAAUAAUAAAAGUACCAAAUCCCAAAAAAUGCUUCAAUCUCCAGCAAGGUUAGGGCUUACAAACCCAAAUUCACCUUCACUUCAAAACCCUACUCCACCAAAAAUCACCCAUCACCCAAAUCACCAGCUCCAACCUUCUUCCAAUCUCUCAUCAUCAACCACAGCUCCCAUUAUCUCCACCACCACCACUUCUUCAACCCUUCUCUCUCUCCUCCCACCUCUCCCUAGAGCCCAAACCCUUCUCCUCCAAAUGGCUUCUUUAGCCUCCAAACUCUUCGAGGUCUCGCCUAAUCGCUCCCUCUGGCUCACCGCAUUUCGUGGCUCUCUCCCUACUUUCCUCCCCCCUCAAACCCAACCCACCCCGCUCGAGUCCUCCCCUUCUACUGCCAAAGAAAUCCACUCCCUUUUCACUGUCCUUCAAACCCAGCUCUUCGAAGCUGUUGCGGAGCUUCAAGAGAUUCUUGAUCUCCAGGAUGCUAAGAAGAAAGUCGCCCGCGAAAUCCAGUCCAAGGAUUCUUCGCUUCUUGCGUUUGCUAAUAAGCUGAAAGAUGCUGAGCGUGUUCUUGAUAUUCUUGUUGAUGAUUACUCUGAUUAUCGCCGCCCCAAAAGAGUGAAAUUAGAGGAGGAUGAGAGCAUGGAGGAGGAGGAGGAGGAUUCUUCUUCUUGUACUACCACUGUUGCAUCUAAGCUGAAAUUGUCGGAUAUUUUAUCGUAUGCCCAUAAGAUAAGCUACACGACCUUUGCACCACCUGAAUUCGGUGCUGGGCAGGCUCCCCUUCGUGGUGCUCUCCCGCCUGCGCCACAAGAAGAGCAAAUGCGUGCUUCGCAGCUUUACAAUUUUGCUGACCUUGAUGUUGGUUUACCUAAAGUGGACGAAAGCAAGGAGAAAACAAUUGAAGCUAUUGUUGAGCCCCCAGCUUCACAGCCAGCAGAUGCCAAUCCACUUGCAAAUCUAACUGGUCUGCUUCCUCCAAACAUCACUGUUCCAUCUGGCUGGAAACCUGGGAUGCCUGUGGAAUUGCCCAUUAAUUUGCCAAUGCCCCCACCUGGAUGGAAGCCCGGGGACCCUGUGCCAUUGUCUGUGCUUGAGUCUCUUCCUGUUCCUAGGGCUGACGAGCAGCAAAUGCGUGGGCCCCUUGCUCCUCAACAUAAGCCACCUGGGCCAAUACAGGUUCGGCAUGUUGAGCUGGAUAUUCUGGAUCAAGAUGAUGACAGCAGUGAUUAUAGUAGUGAAGAGGCCAGCUCUGAAGAUGAAGAUUGACUGUCAAGAGGUUGUGCUAUAAGUUAUUAAUAUUUUCCAAGUAGAAUAGGUGAGUGUACUUUUCAAUCGAGUUCAUUUUACAUUUGAACAAAUUGUAAUGUUCUGAUGUAGUCGCAUUAUUCUAUUUUUAUUUUAAUGCACAUGUGGUUGUUUUGUUGCCUAA